AUGAUAAGGUGGCACCUGUAUAAGGUGAUGGAGUGGUGCCAAACAGCCAUACUUAUAAGUGCAUAUAAAUUCUUGCAAGAAUCUAAAGGUGCUUGGUGCCGAGAUGCCAAUACUGAUUUUUGGAAGCGGCUUUGGUCAUUAAAAAUUCAUCCUAAGAUCAGUAAUUUUUUAUGGCGAGUUGCUUCGGGUGUGCUUCCAACUUGUUCUCAACUCCAAAAGCGCCAUGUUCCUGUCAAUGCCGACGACUGCCCUUUGUGCAAUUCUAGUACUGAAACUAUUCAACAUGCGUUGGUGGAAUGCUCGUUUGCAAAGGCUGCUUGGCAUCGCAGCAUAGUGGAUGUCGAGACUAGGACUGUAACAUUCAGUAGCUGGUUGUUGGGAAUUUUCACCAGGGGACACGAAGUUGAAAUGGAGGAAGUGGCGAUGAAAAGGAAGGACCUUUCGUUGUCUCCUUUGAAUGAUGGGGGGCGGAACUGUGAGCGUUGGAUUGUACCUGUGUUAAACAAGACUAAAGUUAAUGUUGAUGGGGCUUUAUUUGAACAAGAGAGGCAGUUUGGAGUGGGCUGUGUAGCUCGAGAUCAUCAUGGAACCAUGGUAGAAGCUUUCAAGAAGGAAAAGGUUGGACAUGUCCGACCCGAAAUUACUGAGAUCAUAGGCAUCAAAGAAGUUGCGACUCAUCCCUGUGACAAUGUAGUGUUAGAAAUGGAUAGUGUGGUUGUGUGCUUCAGUUAG